GGUUUGGGUCCAGCGUCGCUCACUGUCCGUGUGUCAAGCAGCCGUCACCAGGUUCAGGAGUAAUUAAGCUAUAAGUCAGCCGUGUCGUGGAUGCUAAUCGAAAAUACUACGAGUAAAGUAGUCAUUGUCAUUUUUUGGUAAAUGUAUUUUAGAUAACUGGAGGCGUAUCUUGAAAUUUUAAUGUCAGUUGCAAAAAACGCCUCCCUAGAAAUACUUGGUCGGAUUAACGAGUCAUACGAAUGUGACCCAGCGCACAUUAAUAAAGGAAGCGCCUCCGGCUCUGCGCGCAUGUCUCCAUUCCGAACGGCUGGUGGCGCUAUAACCUGCAGGAAACCCUUUUAAUUCCUGUGUUUGGCUGCGCGACUCUCUUUUUUUGUCGUUUGCUCUUUACUUCCGAGGACCAUGAGAAGAUUGUAACAAUGCCGUCUCCUGAGCAAGGAAGCCAUAAAGUAGAGACCUCGAACGAGAGCAGAUUCAAGGCGCCGGGUUUGAGGGCGGCCAAGACCACCACUCUCUUCCGGGCCGUGAACCCAGAACUCUUCAUAAAACCCAAUAAGCCUGUAAUGGCCUUGGGACUGAUUACGAUAUCGCUGUGUGUGGGAUACCUCGGAUAUCUUCACGCCGUCAAAGAGAAUAACCAAGAGCUGUACGAAGCCAUUGACAGCCAGGGCGAGCGAUACAUGAGACGAAAGACAUCCAAGUGGGACUGAACAUGCUAAACGACAAUGUAGAAGUCGAUGAAGACCACCACUCUCAAAGAAGCAAGCUCUUAAAGUUCACUGCAUGCCAUAAUGGAGAUGAAGCACCAUGGAAAUUAAUGUAAACAUUUUUUUAAAUAAAUGGUGAGACAAAACCUUGAAGAUUGAGUAAAAUGCACCUGCCAUUUAUUUAAGUUUGUUAGAUGAUAGCUUCCUUUGUAAGGAAUGAUGUGUGUGAAUGUUGCAAAUAUUUUAAUUUCUCUGUAAUAAGCUCAAUAAAAAAGUGAUACUUUGUGUAAA